UAAAGAAAAUCUCUGCUCUUUUACCUUGCUCGCUUUUCAUUUGUUUUCUACUGCGUAAAAUUUGUUACUGGGAGGAGCAAUAUUCCGAAACCCCAGUCAUAAAGCGUUCAUUCCUGCCUUGUUUUGUUUCCUUUGGCUGUUCUUUAGUUUCAGUGAACCUGCUUUAUGAUUUCUAAUAAGAACUGAGAUCGGUUAUUCAAUAGGAUUACUAGCAUGCUGAACUUCGUAACCUUUUUAGCCAGUCUUUUCUCUUCGUCAGAUCGACCGUACUAGACGCAAUCACCCCUAAAGAUGAAUUGAUCGAUCCUUAGAGACACUGCCAAUAUAAGAAGCAAGUGGAAGACUGAACAUUUCAGUCUCUUUCUAAGUUUCUAUCUGUCUAUCUGCUGCAAUUUUCAGUUGCAUGUAUCCUUGCACUUAUAGUUAGAGACUCAUGGAUGUAUACCGAUAAAAUGAUGAUUCAUUAAUAUGGAUGUAUAGCGAUAAACUUAUGAUUCAUUAAUAUUGGUGUGUUUUCAGGAGAAAAAAAAUGAUGAGUGAAAUCUGAUCAUCAUGACCUAGUAGUUCACUGAACCUUCGAGGUUCUUCUUAUGCCCUGACCUGUACUGAAUAGUACAGUAAAAUGCGAGGCAUGGAGAUAGGUAGACCAGUAUGAGCGUGCUAGGAUGCUUUUCUAAGCAAGUGAUGAGAGCCAUCAAGAGUGCCUGGAAUCUGUUAGGCAGAGAAUGGGGUGCUGGUUGCUGUGCGCUUUAGAACCUCCACCUCUUCACCUCAUCAAAUUUGCCCACCUUUGUGGCGCAUGAAUUGAGUUCUUGGACCAGGUUUAUGCGAUUUAGAGACCAUGAUUCAUGGCCAAGAUUUGCAAAACCAAUAAUUUACAAAUAUAUCCUUUUUUGUGGUGGCAGUCUGUCGAGCGUGGGCUGGUAUUUAUGAUACAUUGUCAGAUAGUGGUUUUGUAUCAGAAUUAACGACUGCAUUAUUGAGGCUUUGCUUGGUCGUUGUAUUGUGAUGUACUUAUGUCUAGUUGAUAGGAGUUCAGCUUUGUGACAUAUGCCGACAGAUUCAUCAGUUUUGUUAAACUUCCCUUACAAAAAGGAAAAGUGCUGAAUUUUAUCGUUUCUUUGUAGUCUGUAGUACUAGUUGUUAACUCGAAAUGGAGUGAAGUUGACAACAUGUCUGUCUUUCAUUUCUUGAUUAUUUUGAUACAUGCAUGUGUACCUGUCCCCUUCUCAUUCAGUUGUAGAUGUUGUUCGGAUAUAUACAUGGCUAAGAAAGUCUCCUUACUACUUGAUAAACUGCGACUGGUGGUGCAACUAUGAACAUCCCAGGGCAAGUUAGGCGUAUACUCCUGAAACACCAACAAUGCCACGAGUCGUGUCUGAUGGAGGAGAAAGCAUCGACACCGACGACGUCGCCAGCCGGACGUCAUCGCAUCGUCGCGUGGACGGCGUCCAGCAUGGCUACAAGGUCGGCGUCCCGCCGAAGAAGAGCCUCUUCGCCGAGUUCUCCGACGCUGUGAAGGAGACGUUCUUCGCCGACGACCCGCUGCGGCAGUACAAGGACCUGCCCACAUCCAAGAAGAUAUGGCUCAGCUUGCAGCAUGUCUUCCCCGUGCUCGACUGGGGCAGGAACUACUCCCUCGGCAAGUUCAAGGGCGACCUCAUCGCCGGGCUCACCAUUGCCAGCCUCUGCAUACCACAGGACAUCGGUUAUUCGAAGCUUGCUAACCUGCCACCACAAGUCGGGCUAUACAGCAGCUUUGUCCCGCCUCUGAUAUAUGCGGCGAUGGGCAGCUCCAGGCAUAUAGCCAUAGGUCCAGUGGCUGUGGUGUCGCUGUUGCUCGGUACUCUCCUCCAGAAUGAGAUUGACCCGAACACGCACCCACUGGAGUACAGACGGCUCGCGUACACCGCGACAUUCUUCGCAGGGGUUACUCAGGCUGCGCUUGGAUUCUUCAGGCUAGGGUUUAUCAUAGAGUUUUUGUCUCAUGCUGCCAUCAUCGGAUUCAUGGCCGGUGCUGCCAUCACCAUUGCUCUUCAGCAACUGAAAGGAUUCCUUGGAAUUGUCAAUUUCACCAAGAAAAGUGAUAUUGUAUCGGUCAUGAAAUCAGUCUGGGGAAAUGUUCACCAUGGGUGGAAUUGGCAGACAAUACUGAUCGGCGCAUCCUUCCUGGCAUUCCUUCUGGUUGCCAAGUACAUCGGGAAGAAGAAUAAGAAGCUCUUUUGGGUCUCCGCGAUCGCACCACUCAUUUCAGUGAUCAUAUCCACCUUUUUUGUGUACAUCACUCGUGCAGACAAGCAUGGCGUUUCAAUUGUCAAGAACAUAAAGAAAGGCAUCAACCCACCUUCAGUUAGUCUCAUAUACUUCAGCGGCCCAUACCUGGCGAAAGGAUUCAGAGUUGGGGUAGUAGCUGGAAUGAUAGGCCUAACAGAAGCAAUUGCAAUUGGAAGAACAUUUGCUGCACUGAAGGACUACCAGAUUGAUGGGAACAAAGAAAUGGUGGCUCUUGGAACCAUGAAUAUUGUUGGUUCAAUGACAUCUUGCUAUGUAGCCACGGGUUCUUUCUCACGGUCAGCAGUUAAUUACAUGGCUGGCUGCAAAACAGCAGUGUCAAAUGUUGUUAUGUCAAUUGUCGUAAUGCUUACACUGUUGUUGAUCACCCCAUUGUUCAAGUACACUCCCAAUGCCAUCCUUUCCUCUAUCAUCAUAUCAGCAGUGCUCGGCCUAAUUGACUAUGAGUCGGCCUACCUUGUCUGGAAAGUUGAUAAAUUGGACUUUCUAGCAUGUCUGGGAGCAUUCAUCGGGGUCAUAUUUUCAUCAGUGGAAUAUGGCUUGCUCAUUGCGGUUGCAAUAUCACUUGCUAAAAUUCUUCUCCAAGUAACGCGGCCAAGAACAGUUUUACUCGGAAACCUUCCACGGACAACUAUAUACAGGAAUGUUGAACAAUAUCCAGAUGCUACCAAGGUUCCAGGGGUGCUAAUUGUUAGAGUGGACUCAGCUAUCUACUUCACAAACUCCAACUAUGUUAAAGAGAGGAUCCUGAGAUGGCUCAGAGACGAGGAGGAACAACAACAGGACCAGAAGUUAUCCAAAAUUGAGUUUCUGAUUGUCGAGCUAUCUCCUGUAAUUGACAUCGACACGAGCGGAAUCCACGCCUUGGAGGAGUUGUUAAAAACACUUGAAAAGUGCAAAAUUCAGCUGGUUCUUGCCAAUCCCGGGCCGGUGGUGAUCCAGAAGCUCCGCUCAGCGAAAUUCACAGACCUGAUUGGUGAGGACAAGAUAUUCCUAACAGUCGGAGAUGCUGUGAAGAAAUGUGCUCCCAAGGCGGUGGAUAAUGUCUGAGUUUCAGAAUCAUGUACAGGAGGAGCAAAGAUAAGCCUGCUAGCUAUUCUUUACUAAACUCCAUGUUUCCCAGUCACCAGUGUGAAUUUAUAGAGCGGAAAGCAGCACAGAUUACAUUAUUUGCAAAAUGGUAAAUAAAGAAGUUUCGCUAGAGCUGGAGCGCAUCAUGUUUGCAAGUGUGGUCGGAUAAAAAGGCUGACGGGCCUAGUUGCGCAAGCACUUCGGAGUUCGGAGAAUGAGAUCGAUGGUUUUAUUUGAUGGAUCAGAAGAUAUCAGUGCCUAAUAAUUAACACAGCGCCACUUCAUCGUGAAAAGAAUAGUCGCCUGUUUGCGAUUUCAGUCUUUGUGUGCAUACAGUAGUCUAUCCCCUUCCCGUGUAAUUUCAAGCUUUAUGGUGAGGUUUCACAUUUCGCUUAUGUAUAUUCUGUUACGUACUUACGUUGAUGAAUUCCCAAGGGUUCCCUGACACCAAUUUUAUUUUGCUUGAGUCU